CUCCAACUCCACUCCUUGUUUCUUUUUGUGCCCAUAUGACGUACCAAGUCGUCCCUGCAGUCGCGCGCACUGUCUCUUCAGCAAGCGCAAACGAGGCUCGCGCUCGCGUCCUGUCGCUCUACCGGGCGUGGAUGCGCGAGGCACCAGCAUCGGUCGAAAAGUACGCGCUGGACCUGCCCGUGUCGCAGGCAAAGGCCAAGGUGCGCGAGCUCUUCCGCGCCAACGCCGGCAUCACCGACAUCAAGAUAAUAGACCUGCUUGUCUUCAAGGGCAAGCAAAACCUCGACGAGGCACACAACGUGUGGAUGCAAAAGACUCACAUCAUGCGCUUCUUCCCCGAGCUCGGAUCGCAGCCGCCCGCAGAGAAGAAGACCGGCUUCUUGGACCGCUUCUACGCCGGCCACGAUUGAUUUUUUUGGCCAAGGUUUGACUUUGUCGACUCGUUGAUCUUUGCGCGCGCACUUUGCAGAUUGUGUUAUUUGUCGUCUUUCUUUCCUCUUCUCUUCCCUUGUGGUGUGCAAAGUGCGAUCUGUACCGGAUGAAGCAACGUUUAUGUCAAAGCACGUUCCUGAAUUCUUUGUUUCAUUUCUCAAUCAAGUCGAGGUUUGUUCAUUGAUGUAUAUUUUUUGGUUGAGGCACCAGUAC